AUGCCUUUUUUCCUUUAUCCCUCCCCGCCCAGUGAACAGACGAUAGUUCAAGUAGUUGAGGCCAUUGUCACCCUAUCUUCUCAGAACUCAGAGAUGCUUCCGCAUUUCCUGAAUUUCCUUCGACAUCUCUUCUUCACGGUUGUUGAAUUAGAUAUUGGAGUUAGUGUGCCUACACUGCCGAAUCAUCAAACGAGGGAAAGUAAUGAUUUUGAGUCGAAAGGCAUUUCUCCGCGCUCUAUCGGCCUCCUACAUCCAAUUCUACCUUACCUCAAAUCAUAUCUUCACUUUGAGGGUUCUACUUACGACGCGGAGGAUAAUGCAAGUUUUUCGCGCACCCGUCUGCCUCUACAACCUCUGGGUCAGGUUCGAAUCCAUGUUGCGAGAUUUCUGUGCCACCUCCUAUUCCAUUGUCGUGGAGAAGACGGCGCUGAAAUUGUGGAGCGCAUCGGGGAACUGGAUUUCAUUGGAGAUUUGACGAUGCCUUCAACGCCCCCUUCGGAAGCGGAUCUCAUUCGUAUCCAGAAGACCUUUCCUGUUCUCGCUAGAAAGCGCCUAAUCUCCACUAAAUGCCAUGUUGUUGUAUUCCAUUGCGAUCUCUUCUUUGCCUUCAAAUGGAACUCUUUAAUGCACGCCACUUUGCAUUUCUUCACACGGAUGAUCCUUCGACGAGGUUUUAAUUACUCACCAAUCGCUCCAUCCACCUUUCUUAAUGCAGGAGUCAACAACAACAAUGCUUCUUUGAGUGCGAAUAGUGGUCAGAGUUGUAAUGAGCGGCAGCAGCAGCAGGUGGAUGAUGGCGCGGGGGCCGCCUCACCCUAUAAAUCACCAAAUCACCUCAACCCUUAUGCAAAGAUUGUUCAUCAAUCAGAUGUUUUGGCUCUCUCUAUGGGUCAGGUAAUAGUGGUACAGCUUAACCCACGGUCGAAAUUUAUACCCGACAUCGCCUCCUAUGGUAAUGUGUCUUGCUCUAUUCGAUUUAGAGGUCGACCGGGUUACCGUCGUCCAGGCUACUUAGGUCACUUACAAGAAAUAGCAGUUCAGCUUUCCUCAUACCUCCUUCCUGAUGAGUUUGAUUACCUUGGAAUCUCAGUCAGGGAUUAUGAUAUGGCCAUCGUUGAAGAUGAGGACCAUCAUUGGCAAGUACUACAAGAUCGUCGGCAACGUCGAAGGAGUGAAAAAAUUCGCCAAAUGGAAAGUGGUGGGAAAGUUAUUCGGGGUUUCUCUGUUGAUGAACUUUUAUCGGAUGAAGAGGAAGAAAGGUUGCUCCCUCGGGUCGUGCUAAGAAUGCAGCUCCUUAAAGAUCUUCCGACUCAAGAUUUUGCAAACUUUGUUGAAUUUGUGUCUGGCGAACUGCGACAAGUCGUGUCCGUCUCAAAUGUCGAGCAUCUUCGUGAUCUGAAAUCCGCUCUUGUUUCGGCCCCCAAUCCUUCUCGAUUUAUUCUCACUGAUUCCACACCUUCGAUCGAAGCAGCUACGGAGGCGUAUGAAAAGUACAAGAAUGAACCCCUGGUUCGAACCUUCAGCGAGGUCUUCGGUCGGGACGAGAAAGAUUUCGAUCCCUUAGUGAAAUGUGUGGAAGACAGGGUGGAGAGCAUGUUCCAGGGUCUCUUUGCUACCCUAGUCCUACCUGAAGAUACACGUGGUGCUCCUCUCUUCAACCAGAUCGCCAAUACAGUCAUUCGAGCUCCAGAUGGCGUGGAAGUAGGUGAUGCUUCAGCUGGCUUUCCACUUGAAUUUGUGGAGGGAACCUUCAAAGAAGGCGACGACAACGACGACGAUGACGCCAACCCUAACUUAUCUCCCAUUCGACACACCUCUCCCAUCACUUUGCAGGAUUCGGACAAUCUACAUGAAGAGAAGCAGCGGGAAAGGCUGGAGGAAUUGGAAAGGAAUUUCUUUUCCAGAUCGAGGGAAUCCCUCUUGAACGUGUUUGAAGAAGCCCACCUAGAGGUUCUAAUGGAAUGUGAUGAAGAUAGUCAGCCGCCUUCCAGUAGUGACUCCGAGAACUCAGAACCUAUGGAAAUAGAUUUCUUCCAACCGGCACUUUCUCUCUCACCCAUGGAACGGUCGAGAGAGAGUAGUGGUUCGACGUUGGAUGAAGGAGAUGGGGAGAGAGGACGAGGUGACCUGGUUCGAGAAAUGGAAGACCGACUGUCACUGAUUCCUAAACCAACGAAGAGCGAUGGUAGACCGACAAUGUCUGUUGGGCGGUCGAAACGCUUUCAUCACUUGACGGGACCUCGGUCAGACUCAUUCAGUCCUCCGGAUGAUCGAUGGUCACCACCUACUUCGAGGUCGUUGGGGGUGCUUAAUUCUCCUGAUCUUCCAGACUCCGAUAGUCUGAUACUUCCGCGUUUCAAUUCAGUAAAUACUUUGCAAACAAGAGAAUCCCUACCACGACCCAUCCAGCCGACAAUGCGGUCUCACCGUCUCGCUAGAAGUUCUUCUAAAACUGGCGAUUCUAAUCCCAAUAGAGUAUCAAAUGCUCUUCAAGAUUCUGGUCGGCGAAAGCGUUUAGUGACUCCCCUCGAUUUUGAGGAUGGAGAAGUAAAAUUCUGA